GCGUGCCAUACUCGUGAACCGAGCUGAGAGAAGGCGAGAGUUAAUUCGGGAGUAAUUCUUCGAAAUGUUGUUCUGCCCAACCUGCGCGAAUGUCUUGGUUGUUGAAGAGGGACCAAAGUGUCUUAGGUUCGCUUGCAACACAUGUCCAUAUGUUCACAACGUUAUCCGAAAAAUUACCAAUCGUAAAUAUCCUCGUCUGAAAGAAGUGGAUGAUGUUUUAGGUGGUGCAGCCGCAUGGGAGAAUGUUGACUCAACAGCUGAAAAAUGCCCCAAGUGUGAGCACCCAAGGGCAUAUUUCAUGCAAAUGCAGACUCGUUCUGCCGAUGAACCAAUGACAACCUUCUACAAGUGCUGUAACCAACAAUGUGGGCAUAGAUGGAAUGAAUGAUGAACCAGGAUUCAAUAUGAUGACGAUGUAUUCUUGCAAUGCUGGCAUUGCUAUUGUGAACAGGAUCAAGACUGUUUAUCCAAGAGGAAAGUUAUCUGGUGAAUGGAAUUCCUUUUCUAUUGAAGACAGAUAA